CAAUUAAGUAUACCCUUUUGCACACCCUUCCUCAUCGUGUUAUUUCCCCUUUCUCCGCCUCAAAUCAAAAAAUUAUCCAGAGGUCAAACAACAGAAGCAGACCACCGCCAAAACCUCGCCGGAAAAAAUGACCACAUACGGCACAAUUCCGACAUCUUCCUCACCUUCCGGACCUUCCACCAAACUCGAGUACCUAUCCCGCACCAAGGAACGGAUAAAGGAGGGACUCGGUACUCGGCGACCAUGGAAGCUCUUGUUCAACCUCCGCUCAAUCAACCUCCCCGGCAAUUUCCCCGACGCGGUGACUAGAAUCAGAACGAAUCUCGCUUACUUUCGCAUGAACUACUCGAUAAUUGUACUGAUUAUACUGUUUUUGAGCCUGUUGUGGCAUCCGAUUUCGCUGAUUGUGUUCUUGGUCAUGAUGGCGGCGUGGCUGUUCCUCUACUUCCUCCGCGACGAGCCGCUGGUGGUUUUCAGCCGUACGAUCGACGACCGAGUGGUAUUGAUUGUGCUAUCGAUUCUGACGAUUGUGUUUCUGCUUCUGACUCACGCUACUCUGAAUAUUUUGGUGUCGCUGUUGAUUGGUGCGGCGGUGGUUUUGGUGCACGCGGCGUUUAGGAGGACGGACGAUUUGCUUUUGGAUGAAGAAGCCGCUGGAUUGAUGAGCGGCGUUAGUCCUGGACCUUCUGCUUCUUCCUCCUAAAAAAAAAAUUUUUUUUUUUGUAUGUCUGUUUGUUUAGUGUUUUUUUUUUUUUAAUUUUUUUUCUCUCCAAUUAAGAGGUUUUGUUAUUUUCAUUUUCACUGAUCCCGAAAUAAAUGAGAUUGGUAGUUAUCGGGUAGAUGUGUUGAAGUUUUGAAUGGUGGAUGAGAAGAGAAGGAAUCCAUUGCUAUGACUCUCAUCUCAUUCCCUCUGCCAGCUCCCAUUUGGUCCUCUCUUUUGUUCUUAGAAUUGUGAGUCUGUGAUAAUGGCAGUGGGCAUUUAUCC